GAAGUGCUCAAUCACGGCCAUUUUCCCCUACGGAAAUGGUCAUCCAACUCUCAUGAAGUGAUGGAAGAAAUUCCCCUUGAGAUGCGGGCUAUUUCUCCGGACGAGGUAAGAGCUCAUUCAAAAUCAAUAUCUGCUCUGGGAUUGCAGUGGAAGCCCGGAGAGGACAGUUUUUCCUUGGUGAUUGACACACCAAAAAUGGCAACAACAAAGAGAGAGCUUACAGCGGUGGCAGCCAGAAUCUUUGACCCCCUUGGGUUUCUCUCCCCUGUCCUCAUUGUCUUCAAGAUGAUGCUUCAGCAACUUUGGCUUGCCAAGGUUGAUUGGGAUGAAGCUGCACCUGAAGAGAUUGUAGAAGAGUACCAGAAGAUUUUGUCUCAAUACCAUUACCUGAAGGAUGUCAAGAUUCCUCGUCUCAUUCCAUCCCAAGAAGAUACUUUGACUCUCCACGCCUUCUCAGAUGCUUCUGAGAAAGCCUAUGGUGCCGUGGUCUAUGCCAUGGGUCGUGCACCAGAUGGGACUCCCAAAAUUUGCAUCGUUAUCGCCAAGUCUCGGGUAGCUACUCUCAAACCCGUGACGAUACCCAGAAUGGAAUUGAAUGCUGCGCUUCUCUUAGCAACUUUGGUGAAAAAGGUGAAGGAAGCUGUAGCUCCAAAAUAUGUCGAAGUCCAGGCAUGGGUAGAUUCCACCAUCGUUCUACAAUGGUUGCAGGAACAUCCCAGGAAAUGGGAAAAAUACGUGGCAGUGCGCACUAGUACGAUCCAGGAAACUAUUCCCCCCUCCAAAUGGCGCCACGUACCGACUGAAGACAAUCCUGCCGAUUGCAUCUCCAGGGGAAUGCUUCCGGAGGAUCUUCUGCAGCACAAGCUCUGGUGGGAUGGGCCAAAGUGGCUUCCAAUGGGCGAAGAAAACUGGCCACCACGCAAGGUGAUUGAGAAGAAGAGCGAGAAGGUGCAAAUUCCCGAAGAAAAAAGUGUAAACAGUGAAGUGUCAAAUGUGAUCGUCCUAACCUCACAAAGUGAAAGUAGUGUUGACAUUGUAUCUCAGUUGAUUGAAAAAUAUUCUAAUUUCAUGACUCUAAUACGUGUAGUGGCUUUUGUGCUGAGAUUCAGCGAUAAUUGCCGGAAGAAAAUCAAUGAGAGAAACCUCAAGUUUCUCAGUGUUCACGAACAAAACCGUGCAAGGGACUGUAUCAUCAAAAAUCUCCAAAGGAAACAUUUUCCGGAGGAGUACAAGUGUUGUGAGAAAAACAAUCCAGUGUCAAAAUCCAGCAAGUUAAGCAAACUUGUCCCGUUCAUUGAUGACAAUGGGGUGAUGAGAGUGAAAGGGAGGCUCGAGAAUGCUGAUUUGAGCUACGAGACACGUCACCCAAUAAUACUUCCAGCAAAGGACAAAUUUGUCAAAGAUUUAGUAGUGUUUAUUCACGAAAUGCACCUGCAUUCAGGGGUAUAUCUCCUUCAGAGUAUCCUCCGUGCUAAAUAUUGGAUUGUUGGGAUGAAAUCCCUCGUGAAAAGUGUCGUGAAAAUGUGUGUUAAUUGCACGAAAGCAAAACCGAAAACUGAGACACCGUUGAUGGGCAAUUUGCCUGCUUAUCGUGUGCAGCCAAUGCGCCCCUUCUACCACACCGGCUGCGAUUUCGCCGGCCCCUUCAAGACAAGAGUCUCCAAACUUCGUAAGGCCGCCAUAGUGAAAUCAUAUGUUUGUGUGUUCAUCUGCAUGACCACCCGUGCCAUGCACCUCGAGGCAGUGUCAGAUCUGAGUACAGAUGCUUUCCUGGCAGCUCUACGUCGCUUCACAGCUCGUCGAGGACACUGUCAAAUCAUCUAUUGUGACAAUGCCACUAAUUUUGUUGGGGCAUCUGGAACAACAAGAGAAGAGCGACUCCAGGGAAUCAGGGACCACCAGCACAAGAUUACCAAGUGCAUGUCUGAUUGUGGUACUGAGUUCCACUUCAUCCCUUCGUAUUCGCCCACUUUCGGUGGAUUGUGGGAAAGAGGCGUAGGCAACGUGAAGACCCAUCUCCGGCGAGUGUUCGGGGAUACAAUUCUGACAUUCGAAGAGCUUUCGACUGUCCUCGCACAAAUUGAGGCUUGCCUCAAUUCUCGCCCCAUUUGUGCCAUGUCAACUGAAGUGGAGGAUCUCCAGUCAUUGACCCCAGGACAUUUCCUUGUGGGUCAUCCUCUGACACCCGAUCCAGGCCCUGAUGUGAUGCUACUCAAUCCAAAUCGUCUCUCUCGAUGGCAAUUUCUCCAGAGACUUCUCCAGACCUUCUGGAAUCGUUGGCAGCAGGAAUAUGUUACCACUCUUCAGCAGCGCCCCAAAUGGUGUACCCAAUCUCGAAAUCUUGCUGUUGGGGACUUGGUCUUGUUGAGAGAGAACCAGCUGAAGGCGUCGCGAUGGAAGAUGGGCCGUAUUCAGGAAGUUCAUCCAGGACGUGACAAUGUAGUGAGGGUAGUCACCGUGCGAACCAGUGAUGGAAUCCAGAAGAGAGCUGCAAGCACCGUGGCCAAGAUACCCAUGGAAGAAAAUUCUUAUUGAGGUUCCCUCAAGAGGGGGAAGUUAUGUGAAGCUUGUAGCGAGUGAGGGCGACAUCAGCGCCACGACGAAAGAGAGAAGUAGAAGACAACGUCACGAUUCACUCCCGAACCAACACACACACUCAUUCUUUCCAAGUACGUUCAAGUCAAGACACGAGAAGAAGACCACGCGAUCAAGAAGUCAAGAAAAUCUCUAUAAAUCUCUAACAUCGAAGUCAAUUUAUUCGUUUAAAAUCAAUUAUCUUAUAAAUAAAAUUCUGUGGAGUUAUUGCCUUUAAAUAAAACAAGUGAAAGAAUGGGAGAAUAAAGUUAUCUUGGGGAAAGGAAGGAAAUUUGUCAUUCGAGCCCCAUUCUAACCUCCCUUCUAUUCUUUAUUCAGGUAUUGCGCCGGGCAUAGAUCCCUCUCGUUUCCGGUAGACUCCUAACCUUAACCAUCUUACUUUAUCUCAUAGGUAAUAAUUCCCACA